UCAACGGGCCCAGACGUUCCCGAAACCCAUCCAACGGAUAGCAUAAGUUUCAACUUCCCUUAUAAGUCGCUCCUUAAACCCUCUUCCCUUUAAAAUUAUUUCUAGGGUUUUAGAGGAAAGAGAAAGGGAAGCCAAGCUCAAAGCCAUACUCAACCACGCCGAAGAAGCAAUGUCUUUCUUGAGUAAAACUGGCAGUAUACUCAGGCAGACUGUGAGCAAGCAUAUCAAGCCUGAAAUUUAUGGGUCCAACCCAUCUGUCUUCCAAAUGAUAAGAUUCAUGUCAUCUUCAAAACUCUUUAUUGGAGGACUUUCAUAUGGCACAGAUGAGACAAGUCUGAAAGAAGCUUUCAAUAAGUAUGGAGAUGUUGUGGAAGCGAAAGUAAUUAUAGAUCGUGAUACUGGAAGAUCCAGAGGAUUUGGGUUUGUUACUUAUACUAAUGGUGAGGAGGCUUCUGCUGCUAUCCAGGCAUUGGAUGGACAGGAACUACAUGGCCGUAGCGUAAGGGUGAACUAUGCAAAUGAUAGACCACAAACUGGUGGCUUUGGUGGUGGUUAUGGUGCAGGCAGCUAUGGAGGUGGUGGUUAUGGUGGCGUUGGAAGCUAUGGAGGAGCCAAUUCUGGUAGUUAUGGCAGUGGAGAAGGAUACGGUGGUAGCAGUUAUGGUGGAAGCAGCUAUGGAAGUGGAGGCAGUGGGGGGGAAGGUUAUGGAGGGAACUAUGGCCAGGGUGGCAGUUACCCAAACAGUGGACACAGCAGCAAUUUUGGCCAUGUUGGGCAGAGUUUUGGUGUUGCUGGUGGUGGUGGAAGUGGUAUAUAUGGCGGUAGCGGGGUUAAUGGAGUGGAGAACAGCAGCUUCACGAGCAGUGGAUAUGGUGUUAGCAGUACAGGAGGAGGAUUAGGAGGAUAUAGUCCUGAGAACAGCAGCAGCAGCCAAAUGGUGGAUGGUUCGGAUUCAGUAGAGGGUGAUUACAAUGCUGCUGCUGCUGCUGCUGAUGAUGACUAUGCCAGCAGAAGAGCGUGAUUUCUGAAGAGGUAGUCAAUUGUUGUGGUAGUACUAAGAAAUACCAAGCGAUUGAAUGUGUCUUCUCUUCCUUCUUCCGUUCAGUUCACCACUGUCAUCAGAAGAUCACCCUUGGCCUUUGGUUUUUUUUCACUUAUGCCCCUGCCCCGUCUCUCCAUUAUGUGUGUUGUCUUCUUUCGCUCUGCGAAGUACAUUUUAUGUCGGGUGCAAUGUUUAGCUUUGAUAAAAACAAAAAACAAAAAAUGCUUGUUUUUAGAGCAAUUCCAAGUUCCGGGGCAUUUUAUCUUGUC